GCAGCAGGACUCGACCUAUGACCGGGCGCGCGCUCACAGCUGACUGACCGACGCACACAACAGCACACACCCGGACGCCGUUCACCAUGGAGAGAAAAGUAGCGAGGGAAUUUCGGCAUAAGGUGGAGCUGCUGAUUGAUAAUGAAGCAGAGAAGGACUAUCUGUAUGAUGUUCUCCGCAUGUACCACCAAUCCAUGGACAUUCCUGUCCUGGUCGGCGACCUGAAGCUGGUGAUAAAUGAGCCCAAACGCCUUCCGCUGUUUGAUGCCAUCAGACCCCUGAUUCCUCUGAAGCACCAGGUGCAGUAUGACCAGCUCACGCCCAAGAGAUCCAGGAAGUUGAAGGAAGUCCGUCUGGACCGCACACAUCCUGAGGGUCUGGGUUUGAGUGUUCGAGGUGGGCUGGAGUUCGGCUGUGGCCUCUUCAUAUCCCAGAUAGUCAAAGACGGACAGGCAGGAAAUGUCGGCCUGCAGGUUGGCGAUGAGAUUGUGCGUAUUAAUGGCUACUCCAUCUCCUCCUGCAUUCACGAGGAGGUCAUCAAUCUCAUUAAGACCAAGAAGAUUGUGUCUCUGAAAGUCCGCUACGUGGGAAUGAUUCCUGUCAAGAGCUCCUCUGAAGAGCCUCUAAAGUGGCAGUUUGUGGAUCAGUUUGUGUCUGAAUCAGGGGAGAAAAGGACUAGUGUGGCUGGUUUGGCUUCGGUUGGAGGGAAAGAAAUCAAGGAAAAGAAAGUUUUCCUGAGUUUGGUGGGCACCAAAGGCAUGGGAAUCAGUAUAUCUAGUGGACCAACACAGAAACCAGGCAUCUAUGUGAGCAAUGUGAAGCCGGGUUCAGUCUCAGCUGAAGUGGGCUUACAGGUUGGCGACCAGAUUGUGGAGGUCAAUGGGGUGGAUUUCACCAACCUGAGUCAUCAUGAAGCAGUGCGAGUGUUAAAGAGCAGCAGGAGUCUAACCAUCACUGUCCUCACUGGAGCUGGAAGUGAGCUGUUUAUGACGGAUGAGGAGCGACUGGCAGCUGAAGCUCGUCGUGAGCUUGAAAGACAAGAGCUAAUGCAUCAGAAGAGAGUGGCAUUAGAGGCCAACAAAAUCAUCAAAGAACAGCAGGAGAAAGAGCGCGAGAGGAAGAUGGAGAUAUCACAGAAGUCUGCAGAGGAAGAAGAACGCUAUCACAAAGAGAUGGAGAGAAUUGAAGCCGCGGAAAAGAAGGACCACAAAGAGUGGGAAGAAGAUUGGGGGGGUUCCAAAGAAAUAUCCAAAUCUCCUUCCCCCUCCCCCUCUCCCUCACCCCCACCUCCUGCACGUAAUGCACCUUCACCCAAACCCAAAACCUCCACUGCUGAGUCCGAUGAAGAAGAGAUUGGAGAAGGAUUUCAAAAAUAUGUGGAUGAUUUUGAUCCAUAUUCCAUGUUCACGGCUGAGGAGUUAGCUGGCAGAGAUGUACGACUUUUGAGAAUUAAGAAGGAAGGAAAGCUUGAUCUGGCCAUAGAAGGAGGAAUCGACUCCCCUUUGGGAAAGAUUGUGGUGUCAUCCAUCUAUGAGGGAGGUGCAGCAGAUAAACAUGGUGGUGUCGUGUCAGGUGAUGAGAUCAUGGCUGUGAAUGGAAAGAUCCUGACGGAUGUGACUUUAGCUGAAGGACAGACCUCAUUGGCUCAGGCCUGGAAAAGUGGAGGGGACUGGAUUGACCUGGUCAUCGCAGUGUCUCCACCGAAGGAAUAUGAAGAUGAAGUCCCUAAAGCAGCAUCAGUCAGUCCCACUGCAAAGAAAAAUGUUUUCCAAGGCAGUGCCCCUGUGUACAGACAGGGCUACGUCCUUCAGAUGAGGACCCCCAAAACUGAUCGCCACUAGCCCAGUGGUAAAAUCCCUCCAAACCCAUCCAUACCAUUCUGCAGUGUGCAUCAUGUACAUGUGACAAUCUCUUUUUCAAUCCAAAAACCAACCCAGAUGUUUUCAGUUGGGGAUAUCCUGUGCUUAUGAUUCAGUUAUGCAUUAGGCAAUACUCUUGUUGACAAGGCUAUGCAGUCAUUCUGAUUGAUGUUGUUCAAAGGGACUGUUACAUGUAAUGACUCGUGCAUUGAUUUUUGCUGCUUUGAUUGGUUUUGCUACUGCAUGUUACUAGAAAUGUCUAUAGCAUUACUGUGUAUGGAUUCAUGAAAAGAUACCGCCAUUGGUUCCCCAGAAACAAUCUAUGAAACUAAAACAGUUGACGGAUGAAUACAGAUGCUCUUGAAAACAACAUUUGAGUUUGAA